AGGCUUUUUGGCUGGUGACUGUCGGUGAGUGGGGACAGGAUUUCAAGCAAAUAAAGGAACUAAAAGUAAAACAGUAUCAGGAAGGACUCAGGAAGCGUCUUUGGCUGUUUUGCAAGUCCAUGCUGUUUCUGCAAAUAAGGAGUGUCUUUUUUUUCAUUUUAUAAAUUGUCUUGUAAAUAGAAACACCAAAGGCCGAGGCUUUCACUUAUAAGAUGGGGGACGAGAAAUGUAAAGUGCCUCUUGUUGAAGAUACAAAGGUGAGAGUGCUUCAUGAAACUGAAGCAUCAUUCGGGCCAGAUGAAAAAGCCGGUUACCCUUCUGCUGGUACUAACUCCAUCUACUCGGCAAUUCUAAGCAGAAACGAGGCUGUCAAGGAUGCCAAGCGUCUCAAGACUUUUUUGGAACUGCGAGACAAAUACGUGAAGAAGAAGGUGGUGUUUGAAGACCCCCUGUUCCCUGCAAAUGACUCCUCACUCUUCUACAGUCACACACCUUCCAUGAAGUUCGAGUGGAAACGUCCCUCGGAAAUUUGUGAAAACCCCCAGUUCAUCAUAGAUGGAGCCAACAGGACAGACAUCUGUCAAGGAGAAUUGGGUGACUGCUGGCUGCUGGCUGCCAUCGCCUGUCUAACAGUAAACGAGAAGCUGCUGUACAGAGUGAUUCCCCCGGACCAGAGCUUCACUGACAACUACGCCGGCAUCUUCCACUUCCAGUUCUGGCGUUAUGGCGAAUGGACCGAUGUGGUCGUGGACGACCGCAUCCCCACCUGCAACAACAAACUGGUGUUCACCAAAUCUUUCAGAAAUAACGAGUUCUGGAGCGCUCUUUUGGAAAAAGCUUAUGCCAAGUUGCACGGGUCUUAUGAGGCACUUAAAGGGGGCAACACUUUGGAAGCCAUGGAGGAUUUCACAGGAGGAGUUACUGAGUUCUUUGAGUUGUCCGAGGCACCCAAAGAGCUCUUCACCAUCAUGAGGAAGGCACUGGAGAGAGGCUCGCUGAUGGGCUGCUCCAUAGAUACUUUUUCAGCCACUGAACUGGAGACUCAGACUGAUCAGGGGCUGGUCAGGCGUCAUGCCUACUCCAUCAUAGGCCUGGCGGAGUGUGACGAGGUUGCAAAUGACACCAGAAUUCGCCUGAUUCGAUUGCGCAAUCCCUGGGGUUGGGUGCUGUGGAAGGGACCGUGGAGCGCAAACUCAAAGGAAUGGUCGACCAUUUCCACCGCAGACAAAGACAACCUCAAAAAACAGACUGUCGAGGCGAGUGAGUUCUGGAUGUCUUUUGAUGAUUUCAAGAGGAACUUCACCAAGCUGGAGAUGUGUAACUUGACCCCUGACACCCUGCAGGGCGAUGUAAGGCACAGCUGGACAGUGUCGGUCAAUGAGGGUCGGUGGGUGAGAGGCAGCUCUGCUGGCGGCUGCAGGAACUUCCCACAGACAUUCUGGACGAAUCCUCAGUAUCGACUGCAACUGUACGAGGAAGAUGACGAGGAAGAUGACGACCCAAAGCACGGGCCGGCGGCCUGUACUGUCGUCGUGGCUCUGAUGCAGAAAGGCCGAAGGAUGCAGCGCCAUCAAGGGGCCAAAUUUCUCACCAUCGGAUUUUCAAUCUACGAGGUGCCGAAGGAGAUGUGUGGACAGAAUCAACACCUGCAGAAGGACUUCUUCCUGUACACAGCCUCCAAAGCUAAAUGCAAGACCUACAUUAACCUGCGGGAGGUGACGGAGCGUAUGCAUCUGCCUCCAGGAGAGUAUGUCAUAAUCCCCACAACAUUUGAAGCCCAUCAAGAUGGAGAGUUCAUUCUGAGGGUCUUCUCUGAGAAGAAGAGCACGUCUGAGGAAGCGGAGAACACCAUCGGGUCUGACAAAACGCAGCCGAUUGUAUUUGUGUCAGAUAGAGCACGAGCCAACAAAGAAAUCGAGCAUGACGGCAUUCAGGGGGAGAAGAAGAAGAAGAAGCCGAAGCGAAAACAACUCCAACCAGAGGAGGAGACUGAAGAGGAAAAACAGUUCAGAGCCAUUUACCAACAGAUUGCUGGUGAGGACAUGCAAAUCUGUGCCAACGAACUUAAGAUGAUCAUGAGGAACGUACUCACCAAACAUAAUGAAGUGAAGACGGAGGGUUUCAGCCUUGAGACGUGUCGGAGUAUGAUCGCAUUGAUGGAUACUGAUGGGACGGGAAAGCUAAACCUGCAGGAGUUCAAACACUUGUGGAAAAAGAUCAAGGAGUGGCAGCUGAUCUUCAAACGAUACGAUAAAGACAAAUCCGGCUCCAUCAGUAGUUUUGAGAUGAGGAACGCUGUUAACGACGCAGGGUGUCACCUCAACAAACAGCUAUACGACAUCAUAGCCAUGCGCUACGCAGACGAACACCUUAACAUCGACUUUGACAGUUACAUCUGCUGUUUUGUGAGACUAGAGGGCAUGUUCAGAGCUUUUAAUGCCUUUGACAAAGAUGGAGAUGGAAUAAUAAAGCUCAAUGUCCUGGAGUGGCUUCAGCUGACGAUGUAUUCUUAAGACACCGUCUUGACGUAGCGUCAGACAGUUGGAGCGUCACAUUCAUGACUCAGCUCUCCUGGAUGGCCUCCUUAUGUAUUUCUGCACAGCUUUUGAGAUUGCAACAAAAUCAAAAGGUUUGAUGAUUUCUCGCAGUUUUUAUGUAAAUUAGCUUUCUCGCAACACUCAAACUCUGAUGGUUUAGACUUAAUUCAAACUUAUUUUUAAAUGGAAAACUUCACCCCUUUUAUGUGGAUGUCCAAGAACAACAGAUUGUGCAGCUGCAAACUUUCUCAGGGAAUAUGGCAUGCACUGAGGGAGUUAUUGCUUUAACCAACUACAUUUAUCAUUAACAUUGAUUGGACAUCCACAUAAAUGAAAAUAAGUGGUUUAUUAUAUAAACCACUAUAAGUGGUUUAUUUUCCCUUUAAGCUAAUUACAUCCUUUCAGUUUUGUGCGGAUUCCUGAAACGUGAUCAGUUCUCUUUGGUGCCGAGGAGAGCGGCAAAAUCUGAUGAAUGCUGAAGUCAGUGUAGCCUGAUAACAUGUUACAUCAGUGUUUGGCAUGAAGCAGCGAUGGGUGGUGAAGCAAGCAGGCGAGUAGCAUUGACCUUUUGUUUAAGUUCCUAUGUUGUGAAGAAUAUCUUAUAAUAUCAAAAUGUUUGAAUAUGAGAACUGAGGGAAUUAGCAUGUUUGACAAAUCAUUCAAAUGAAUGUUCUGUAUAUUCUCUUAGAAUAAAGCAGAGGUGAAUACAGUAAAUUGUAUUUGUAUUUUUUAUUGCUGUACACAUACAGUAGGUACUAAACACAAAUCAAAUACACACUGUACACUAGAACAUACAAAAAUUAAGGCAAGACUUUAAAACAGCAUUGUUAGAAGUUACUCUCUGGACAGUUCAGUCUGACAACUUUCACUACUACUUUUCAAAGUAGUUUUCAAGGUGAUAUGGGGACAUUGCCUAGAAUAACUCUCUGGGAAAUGUGGAAACGUAAAAGUUAAAAGUGAGUGGAGGGUUUAUUUACGUAAUGAUGCUGAACAUAUUUUCCAUAGUCAAACCUCUCAGUCAACACAAGGAAUUCAUUUUAAAGUUUCUAAGUGUCAAUGUGGGUAAUUGAGGAUACAUUGUCUUAACAC